GGUGAGCAAAAGUAAAGAUGUAAUAGAGAGCAAAACAAGUGGCACAGUUACGUGGAAACAGGAAAGUCAGUAUGGCAGAGAAUCGAACAUGACUUCCAAGCCCUAACAGGGUGCCACCGAGAGACAAAAACUCUACGAGAUAAAUAUUUCAAUUUAAAGAAAAAAACAAAAAGCAAAUUUGCUACAAACAAAAGCAAUAUAAUCAAGACAGGGGGAGGUUCAUGCCAAUUGCAAGCAUUCGAUCUGAUUGAUACACAAUUACAAGAAAUAAUGGGACCACAAUUAGUAGGUUUGACAAACAAUUAUGAUGAUAAGUGUAGUGACCAAGAUGAGGUGGUUACUGAACAUGUUCCUUAUGCAAAUAACUGUGAUGACAGUGAAGUGGUCUUCAAUAAUGGGAAAUGCAGCUCCUAUACUCCCCGACAACUGAAGAGGCCCAAAACUACAAAGCUAUCUUGUACGAAAACGGUACAAAAUAAAAAAUAUAUUUCUGUUAACUAUCUACUAAUGGAGGAAAAGCUGAAUUUUUUGAAACUACAAAAAGAAAAAUUCAUCGAAGAACACAAUAAAGAAAUGGAAAUAUAUCAAAAACAAGGUUCAGCUGUUGGAUUUACAGAUCAAUGCAUUUGAUAAGUAGAAAACAAGAGAUUUAUUUUGUUAAUUUCAGGAAUAUUUUCACUUUCA